CUAGAGCCCGUAGUUUAGGUUCUUUGCAAAGGGCAGGGGUCCAGCAGCUUACGAAAUCUCGGACCUGGUGGUGACGAUCAAUGAACACAAUGAACGUUCAGCGUAUGCAGACCCGCAAACUAGGGUCGCAGACGUUUGUCUGCCCUCAUGGCUCGGUUACGCGCAAAGUCGUAGGGGCAAAGGCGCGUGCUGUUUCACGCCAGGCACAGGUCAUUCGGGCCCAAGCCGUGUCGACCCCCGUGGAAGCCAAGUCAGGUAGCACGCCGGCCGCGGCUGCGGCCCCCGCCACCGCAGAUUACGUUGGUGAUAUUAGCAAGACGGUGCUGGGAAUCAUUCUGGGCGGUGGCGCCGGCACCCGACUGUAUCCCCUGACGAAGAAGCGUGCCAAGCCAGCCGUGCCACUUGGCGCGAACUAUCGCCUGAUCGAUAUUCCUGUCAGCAACUGCCUGAACAGCAAUGUCACGAAGAUUUACUGCCUAACACAGUUCAACUCGGCGUCCCUGAACCGCCAUCUUUCUCAGGCUUACAACUCCUCCGUAGGAGGCUACAACACCCGCGGCUUCGUGGAGGUGCUCGCGGCCUCUCAGUCCAAUGCUAACAAGAGCUGGUUCCAGGGCACUGCGGACGCCGUACGGCAGUACAUGUGGCUGUUUGAGGAGGCGGUGCGCGAGGGCGUGGAGGACUUCCUCAUCCUGUCGGGCGACCACCUCUACCGCAUGGACUACCGCGACUUCGUUCGCAAGCACCGCGAGUGCGGCGCCGCCAUCACCAUCGCCGCGCUGCCGUGUGCGGAGAAGGAGGCGUCCGCGUUCGGGCUGAUGAAGAUCGACGACAGCGGCCGUGUGGUGGACUUCGCUGAGAAGCCCAAGGGGGAGGCGCUGGGGCGCAUGAAGGUGGACACCACCAUCCUGGGGGUGGACCCGGAGACCGCCUCCCAGAAGCCCUUCAUCGCCUCCAUGGGCAUCUACGUGAUGUCCGCAGUGGCGCUGCGGGAGCUGCUGCUAAACCGCAUGCCGGGCGCCAACGACUUCGGUAACGAGGUCAUCCCUGGCGCCAAGGAGGCGGGCUUCAAGGUGCAGGCCUACGCGUUCAAGGGCUACUGGGAGGACAUCGGAACGGUGGAGGCCUUCUACAACGCUAACCUGGCGCUGGCGGACCCGGAGAAGGCGCAGUUCAGCUUCUACGACAAGGACGCGCCCAUCUACACCAUGUCUCGCUUCCUGCCGCCCUCCAAGGUGCUGGACGCGGAGGUGAGCAUGAGCAUCAUCGGCGACGGCUGCGUGGUGAAGGCGGGCAGCAAGAUCCACAACUCCAUCAUCGGCAUCCGCUCGCUGGUGGGCAGCGACUGCAUCAUCGACAGCGUGAUGAUGAUGGGUGCGGACUACUACGAGACGUUGGAGGAGUGCGAGUACGUGCCCGGCUGCCUGCCCAUGGGGGUGGGAGACGGAUCCAUCGUGCGCAAGGUCAUCAUCGACAAGAACGCGCGCAUCGGGCCCAAGUGCCAGAUCAUCAACAAGGACGGCGUGAAGGAGGCCAACCGCGAGGAGCAGGGCUUCGUCAUCAAGGACGGCAUCGUGGUGGUCAUCAAGGACUCCAACAUCCCAGCGGGCACCAUCAUCUAAACGCCGAGGGAACAGCGGGACCUGCGCACUGGGGGUGCGGUGCAGUGCGGUGUGGGUGCGGUGCUAGGCUGUAAGGUGGGGGCAGCGGGUGGAGGCAUCUGGCCCGGUCCGGGAGGGCUGCCACCGCUGCUGCCCAGCCCUGCAGCUGUGCCCGGUGGUUUCAUCUGGCGCAGGUCGGCCCGCGGGCUUCUCAAUCAGCAUGCAUGCAUGCAUGCAGGUAGCGAGCAGAGCAUGGCGCCGCUGUGUGCGGCGCGCCGGUGCUGGCGGAGGAGGUUGCAGUGGGGGUGGGGCAGGAUGAUGAGGCGCUUGACAGGGGGGUCUGGAUGACGGAGGAGGCGGAAGCUUAGUGUGGCAUGCAGGAAGAAGCGGCGCCUGGAUAAAGCAGCAUAGGUGCAGGUUUUGCUUCUGCGGGUAUGUGGCUAGUAGGGCACCUGUCAUGUGCAUCGUGGGCUCUGCGCUAGGGGGUUCGCGGAUGACCCAUGGGUCAGUCGCAGGCCUGCGCAGCCUCAUGCAUGUUUUUCCGGGUGUGUGAAGCCUUUUUCUCUUCGCCUAAGCGUGUUGGCAGUCUAUACUGGUCUAUGUUGUGCGCCUGUGCGGGUUUCAAGGCGAACAAAACGUCUAGAGGUGGCCAUGCAAGAGCCCUGAGGAGGAGGAGGUUUAGGGAGAAGAAUUUGCUUUUAGACACAACCAUCAAGACAGCGCAGGGGUUGCAGCCGCAUGUGCAACGGAUCCGCAUGUGCAGCAGCAGCAGCGGGUGGGCCGGAGCAUUUCAUUUGGUUCCCCGCUGCUGUCAUUGCUUGUCGGUGCAAGGGCAUGAAGAAUGGUGUCGGUUGCAGCAUGUGGUGUCUUCAUGUGGUGGCCGUGGUGGUGCUCGUUGCUGCGCAUAUGUGGUUGCAGCGCCAGGUGCGCGUGGAAGGAAAAAAGGGGAAGCCCACGGCGGCGGGCGUUUACAAGGUUGCUGACGUGUGCUAACGACCAGCCCCCGUUCUCACAAUCGGCGGGGGUAUUGUUGCGGUGCUUAGGUCUCCUCCCCACCGCAGUUUUGGCGUGUGUGUAUGUUGUGGGAUGUUUGUUGUGCUGUUAGCUGUCUGCUGUUGAACGAAGAGGGGAGGUUGAAGAACGGAAAGAAUGUACCGUGCAUGAAAGCACGACCCCCUCAGCACCACUCACGCAUAUCAAGAUGUGAACAUCAUUUUUUUCUCCUUUCCUUUCCAUUGUUUGGGCACAUGGCCCCAUGUACCACAAGACGACGAGCUGUGCGGAGUGUGUUGCCCCUCCACUGUGUAGCCCCUAAGAAGUUGUGUAUGUUGCGGUUCCCGGCUUGUAACAAGCUCAAGUGAA